AUUUUCAAUAGAAAUAAAAAUUAAUCGAUGAAACAUGCGUUUAUAUCCUUUAAAAAUAUUCAUUUAUAAAAAGUCAACCUCAAUAUAGUUUAAUAACCAUCUGUUGAUAAUUGUUUUAUUCGCACUGCUAUGAGAGUAUGACGCACAGCUAUUCUACAAUUCUGUUGAGUUUCGCACGAACCAAAACCUAAGCUCCUUGAAAAUAGGUAGUUUCAACUUAAUAAACAACCAGUUGUUAACUCCAUCACACUAUACACAUUACACACACGUAUGUUGAUCGCAGCCCUCGCAUGCGCAGACAAGUGUAUACAUUAUAGACUGUAGACUGCAUUCUGCAAUCAACACUUUGCAAUCAGAGAACUGCUUAUUGCUCCACGUAAAUGAACUGAUAAAAAUACUCGUACUGUAAAAAACAUUUCUUUUUUAUUAUAUUUACAUUCUCAACUUGUCUCGAAUUACUUGAUGUAAUUCGAUGUUCUAUUGAUUGUAACAGCUGUGUUUUCUUACCUCUUAUUGUUACAUUGAUCUAUCGUCAUUUUUAUAAAACAGUGAAAUAUUUAUAAGAACUUUUGUGAAAUUCCAACGCCUGAUUGAGCUUAAUAUUCUUUAACAACAUGACCGACGAGUUAAGCAGUGACUCAGGCUUUGAGUUCGUCGAGAAAAAAUCUGAGGAAUUUGAAAGUAAUCCGUCUUUUUCUACAGCUGCAUCAAGUAAUACAGAUGCUAUCUACAGCUCUACUGCCUCUAACACUAUGAUGACAUCUGUCACUUCACCCACGGCUGGUGGAAGUAUUUUAUCUAACAUAGCACCUCCAAGAGCUUUGCCUAGUUUCAUUUCUAAUUUAGUACCUGCAGAGGAUAAACAAGCAAAAGAAAUUGUACAAAAUGAUAAAUCUUUGCCUAAAAAUCAAAUUCCAGAAAAAAAUGUUCAAAAUCCACAAUCGGAUAAGGGACCGCAAAUAUUAAUAGCACCAGACAGUCCUAUCAGAGACAGUGUGGUUUCUGCUGGAAAUUUAUUCAAUUGGGUAAAAGAUACAGUAGCGAACAGUAAUGUGCUAAGCAAAGUAGCUGAAAAAGCCAAAAGUAGCGUGAAUUCAAUGAUAACAACACUGGAUCCUCAAAUGCGUGAAUUCAUUUAUUCUGGAGGUGAUAUCGAAAUAAUUGUUCUCUCUGAAAAAGAAGAUAAGGUAGCUCCAAUUCGAGAAGCUUUUCAGAAUAUUUUUGGCAAUGCUACAGUAACAGGAAUUAAUGUUGAGACAACAUUUGAAGCUGCUCAACCUGUAGGAUUUUCAUCAGGUGUCAAAGCUGCACAUGAAAGAAUAAUCUGUGCACGGAAAAAUUCAUUAGUAACAGCAGAUAUUCCAUUAAUUUCUAUUGAAAAUUUUUUGUUAGAGGUUGCACAAGAUAAAUGGUUUGAUUUAGGAGUAAUUCUUCUUGAUGAUCCAAAACAAAAUAUUAAUUUACAAAUAUUUACUCAAAUGACACCUGUGCCUAGUCAAAUCGUCGAAACAGCACAAGAAUCUACACCUGAAAAUUAUUCUAAAGAUGGAUUUUCUGUCACAGUUGGAAAUCUCAUGGGUGUUAAUUUGCAGGUUUCUCAUACUGAGUGGCAUCAUGCAUUAACUGGAGUUUCAAGAAAAGAGCUUAUAUUUUUGGCAGCUCAGUCUCUUGCAGGAAUUUACAAAAAUACAAUUAAUCCCAUUUAGUAAAUAAAUAUUAUUAAAGAUAUAUUUGUGUUAUACAAUUUUAUCUUAGACUGUAAUAGAGAAUGCUGAAGCUUGAAAACUAUUCAUGAAUUGGAACCUCGAAAUUUAACAUACCUAUUUUUCAACUGAAAACAAAAUUAUGAAAUAUUUUUUCAUAUUAAUAAUCAGCAGGACAAAUAAUGUACGAAAAAACUUGAUUUACUGUAAAUAAUCUAUGUAUUAGACGAUAAAUUGUAAAGUUUUACUCAAAUGUUAAGUAUUGAAAGUUUUAAAUUUCGAAAAAAAAGUUUAACAGUAUUUAUUAAUUUUUAAAAUCAGGCGAUGGAAAAGUAAAUUUAAUAAUUUAUUACUAUGCAUUAAAAAUGUUGUGGCAUUGAGAGUGAACAAUAUGAUUAAACACUCGAUUUUCUUUUAAAAUAUAUUUAAUUUAUCCAUUACUGUUAUGUAUGAAUUUUA